CGGAAUGUCGCUUUUGGCAUCUUCACGUCAGAGAAACGAUUCUAUGUGAACGUUAUUGUGCUUUCCCACCCUACAUCAGGCGCACCCUAAGCGAGUAUACGCAUCAUGUCCGGCGCCGCCCAGUCUCAAGCCCUGGUAUCACGUGGCCCUUUUUCGGAUGGAAAAUGGGCGAUAGAGCCGGUGAAGCUGCGCGAAGUCGGCGAUGAUGAGGUGCUUGUUGAGAUUGUUGCUUCGGGAAUCUGUCAUACCGACUUACACUGUGGCAACACUCCCGACGACAAGGGCGUGCCGGCAGUUUUCUACCCCAGAGUAUUAGGCCACGAAGGCUCCGGAUAUGUCAAAAAAGCUGGCUCUGCGGUCAGCUCUGUCAAGGAAGGGGAUGCUGUGCUGUUAUCAUUCUCGUAUUGUGGAGAAUGCCAUGUUUGCAAAACGGGACCUCCUUCUCACUGUACAGACUUUUUCAACAUAAAUUUCAUGGGCAACCCUGUCUUCACUUCCCACCAUAUCAGGACCUCGAUGGACUCGUCGGCCGCGGCCAAUCCUGAUAUCGGUGGUUGCUUCUUUGGACAAUCAUCCUUCGCGCGCCACACAAUCGUCUCUUCCAAGUCGGUGGUCAAUGUCUCCUCACUGGACCUCAGUCUUGACGAGCUGCGUCUGCUGGCACCGUUCGGCUGCGGGCUCCAGACCGGUGCCGGCACGGUACAGAACGUCGCCAAGGCAGGUCCGGACGACUGUAUCGCCAUCAUCGGGCUGGGUGGCGUUGGUCUCGCUGCUGUCAUGGCCGCUAAGAACGCCGGAUGUCGUAGAAUCAUCGGGCUCGAUCGUCUGGCCUCGCGCUUGGACCUCGCUCGUGACCUGGGCGCCACAGACGUGGUUGACACGAACAAUAAGCCCAUCGAGGAGAUAGUCAAAGCUGUCAAGGAUGCAUCUGACGGCCUGGGAGCCACCAUAGUCAUUGACACGUCAGCCCAUCCACCGCUGGUUGAUGCUGCCGUCAAGUUCACACGAUACAUGGCCCGGAUUAUCCAGGUCGGUACGGGCAUGCCAGAAUCAUACGUAAUUCUCCAUAUGCAAAGUUUCAUGGUUAGCGGAAAACAGUAUUUCGGCGCUGUCCAAGGACAUAGCCGGACUGCCAAGUAUAUACCAGACCUGAUCCAGUGGUGGCGCGAGGGCAAAUUUCCUGUGGAAAAGCUCAUCAAAUUCUUUGACUUCGAGGAUUUUGAAGGUGCGAUCAAAGGUAUGGGUGACGGAUCGGUUGUCAAGCCAGUCCUCGUCUGGAAAACUGCUACGUAGUUUAUUUGUACAGGUAGACUCGCAAAAGUUAACAUGCGUGUGGUCAAAGGACUUAGAUGGCUUUGACAACAGAAAAUUUCACUAUACACACGGGCUCAAGCGCUGGAAACGCAUACAAAUCAUCAUAACAACGCGGAGACAAGGUUGAAUGCACAAUACACUUCACAAUCAUCGAAGGUUAAGUCGAAGUCAUCUUUUAAUGUACUCUAUUAACAGCCCUUCUUGUCUAUAUGGUAUCCUCGUGGCCAAUACAUGAAAGCUAUCAUCA